AGAACGACUUGGGGAGCUGCGAGGCAUGACCGUGACUGUGACAGGAAUAGUUCAGGAAAAAUAACACAUCCUCGGACACUGGAGCGUGACUUGCUUCCCAAAUUUGGGAAUUAGCGACUCGUUCCUGCAGCCCUUCCAUGGCACGCCUCAGCUUGCGACAGGCACCACACAACGAAACCAUGCCUGGUCUCCCCGCUUCGCCAUCGGCGAUUACAGGUAGACGGGGAACUCUCCCUCAGGGCAAGUCUGGAACUCUCAAAUACACGCCUCUUUCAAAACUACGAGCCUCUCUGGAUUCGUCGCGUGGAAGGAAUCCACCGGUUCAAGGCGUGAAACGCGAACGCGAUGAUACUGAAGGGGAUCAACAAGUUCAUGCAUCCCAAAAGCGACGCGUGCUGUCACAGCCUAUCGCGGUUUACCUGACAGCACAACAAGCAUUCAAAUUCCCAACCUCUGUGGAUGCACAUGGAAAUGAGGAUAACGAUGGAGACGGUCAUGGGAAGAGAGCUGGGGCUAUUUCGCUCACACCAGGGCACGAGUCGAGUUCGCCAAGCGAAAAGGCAUCCCGGGAAAGUCUCGUGGGGGAUACAGAGGAUACUGCGACGGCUGAUGGGGAGAAUGCUUUUGAUGAUCCACCCAUUCUCCGGACCAACCUGGUGGAAUCGUCUCCGGACUCUUCUCCGGAACCCGACGAGGUUCUCAUGUUUCUCUCUCAAAAAUCCAACGCCCCAACCCCCUCUACUAGUCAGCGCGAUAAGGAGAGGAGAGAAGUUUCUGCCCGCGCCGCACAAAUUGCCAAGGUUGAACCAGACGAUUGCGAGGUCCCGGAUGCUUCAAAAGUGACCGCGGCUCAAGAUGCGUCAAACGAGCCAUUGUUACCAAAAUCACCACAUAUACCACCCAUGCAACAACCUCUGCGUUGCCCCCCUGCUACCCCAAUUCGUUCCUCGUCCUCACGAGACCCAUCCGUGGAGAUUAUCGAGAGACCUUCCACUCGGCCUUUGGAACAUCACAAGCCAAGAAAGAUCACUCAGCCGAACGAAUCACCAAACACCCGAGAAAGGACGUCAUUAAAACCACCGCCAACCUAUCGCAAGUCGGACUUAUUCUGGUGAGUUGUAUGUAUCAAGGUUCUACGAGCCCUACCCAUAUUUCGAAGGACACUUGAGGACACUCUUGUCAUCCUCCACAUCGAGAACACCAGA